CCGCUAUAUAUACCCACGGCCCCCCGGUCCAAGCACAGUCCACCACCAGCGGCCACAGCAGCACCAGCCAUGGAAUACAAGGUUUUGGGAGUCCUUUUCUUGGUCACAGCCAUUCUGGCAGCCGAUGAGAAAGAAGAAAAGAAGGCUGACGAUGAUAAGAAACAAGACAAGCGAGGUCUUCUCGGCUUGGGCUACGGCUAUGGUGGACACGGGCUAGAUUUAGGAUAUGGUGGACACGGCCUUGAUGGAUUCGGAGGAUUGGGAGGUUACGGAUAUGGAGGAUAUGGAGGAUACGGUCAUGGUGGACACUACAGCAUCGGUCAUGGUCACAUCAAAGCCAUCACCAUCCACAAGGAAAUACCAGUCGCAGUACCACAGCCCUACCCCGUCCACGUCGAGAAGCAAGUCCCAGUGCCAUACCCAGUCAAGGUCGAAGUUCCUGUCGACAGGCCAUACCCAGUCCAUGUACCCAAGCCAUACCCAGUCGCCGUCGACAGGCCAGUACCUUACCCAGUCGAGAAGCCAGUCCCAUACCCAGUCAAGGUUCCAGUCAAGGUACCAGUCGCUGCUCCCUACCCAGUACCAGUCCCAAAACCAUACCCAGUCCAUGUUGAAAAGCACAUCCCUGUCGCAGUACCUCACCCAGUUAUAGUACACAAGCCAGUUCCAGUGCUCGUUAAGAGCCACCACGGAUGGGACGGUCAUUACGGUGGUCACGGAAGCUACGGCGGAAUCGGAUCCCUUGGUCACUACGGCUACCACUAAAUCAAACCUCAAAUCAAAAUAUUUAAUUGUAAUUUUAUAUUUAAAUAAACUUUAUAUAUAAUUUUUAUACAAAAACAUUUUUUUUACUAUGCUUAGUAAAUAAGAAACGCCAUUUAAGUACAAAUCACUUCAAGUUACCAUCAUGACUUUACCUACCCAACACAGCCAAAUUUAUUUGUAAAUGUACAAAUGUAAAAAAAUAAAAUAAUUUUGUACAUAACAAUGUUGAAUUAUUUAACAAUAAACCUAAU